GUUGUAGUUGUAGUUGUAGUUGUAGUUGUUGUUGUAGUUGUAUGUAGUAGUGGUUACCGUCGCAAACGUCCGGCGAGAGUUGCCGUUGCCGAGGGUGAUAGAGCGAGAGAAACAGACAGCAAGUGGAUGCGGUGAGUGUGAACGAGUCUGACGGUAGAGCGGCACUACUACUAGGACUGAUGGUGAGUAGAGUGAGACCGGCAGUGGCGUGAGCUUUACUGGCGGGACCCAAGAGCUUGAAAGAAGACGAGACCUACUUGGGGGAGUAUUACUUGCGCGAAUCCAAGCAAGACAGAUGCUACUACCCUCUACUCUACUCUACUCUACUCGGUGGAGGAUAAGAGAGCAGAGGAGGGACGGCAAAGCGGACGGAUAGAAGAGUAAAGAGAGCUAGUGGUAUGGUGCCGUCGAGCGAUUCGCAGGGGACGCAAGGGAGUGGGAAUGACAGACGAACGAAAGCGCGAGGCGAGUCGGAUUCGGUGGUGGGGAAAGCACGGGCAUCCUCUCUCUGUACUGCGAGGAUUUCCAGGCAGCGGCAGUCCACGGCCCGGGACAGCGGAACCAGGACCAACUCUGCCGACUAAGACCAAGUGUGAUACUGACACGAGUGUGAUUGAUACGCCGGUCCUCGCUCGUGCUCACCAUUCAUAUUUUACGCUUAUUAAUUUAUUUUUAUUUUAUUUUUUUUUUUUUUCUCAUUGGAUGGUACUGUGCUGUUGGAGGAGAUUUUUUUCACGUGGAAUUUUUUCUAUGUGUGAUGACGAUAAAAUUGAUGGAUUAAUGUAGUUAAAUGUUUUUAAAUAUUUAUCUUCGUAUGGUUAAACUAUUUUUAUCUCUAAAAGGUGGAUGUAAAAAAGCAUGAAAACAUACCGCCGGUUGGCGGGAAAAUAUGAAUUGCCGGGAUGUAGUGGGCUCAAGAAAAAUUGAUAGUUACAUCCCGUGGGACGUUAGGCAGUGCGGAAGCGUGGAUAUUAUUUUAGUUCCACGAGAAAAGUGAGAAAAAAUUCAGCUCCAAGGAGUUUCGAGAACUCGAAUAAUAAAAAUAAAAAAAAAAAAAAAAAGAAGAAGAUAAAGAUAAAGAGGCGAUGGAUGUGUGAAGACAUGUAAAUGGAAAAAUAGAAGAACGUGAGUAAAGGGUGAAGAAGAAAUAAAGGGUGCGAAAGUAAGUGAGCAAGUAAAGAGGGUUCCAAAAGAGUAGCAUAAGAUAAAGCAAAGUGUUGAAAGCGAUCAGAGAACAUGAGAGACGUGAAUCCGAUGAUGACGAUGAGCUGCGGGCGCACGUGCGCCCCACGAGGAAAUUACUACUACGAGUUGUCGAGGCAUCGCUUCAUCCUUAUUUUAGUGUAGUAGAGUCCCCGGGGUGUCAGUUGCUCGUCGACCGUGCAUUUUAAAUUAUUUAUAUUUUAUCAUUUAUAUUUCUACUGCUCUCGUCAGUCGCAUCGUUAUUAUUUUCAUCUGAACCAUCUUCGUUGGCUCCCACGAUAGUUUACAGUAAUAUCUCUUUUGCUCCAUCCCUUCGAACUGAGACUACUCCUUCAGUACAUCCCGUCACGGGUUGUUGGCUAAUUGUCAACGGCAAGACUUAGCCUACAUUUAGUUUGACGACUAAACAACAAGGUGCUCAAGAAUUGUGCUAGUUUGUAUAAAAAAACUAUUGUUGGUAUUACGGCCGAAAUGUUACUAUAGUAAAGUAGUAAUAAUAAUAAUUAUUAUUUACUACUUGGAAUAUAUUUUGUUAAGUCUACGGUAGAGUGGGUUUUAAUGCAGGAACAAGGGAUGAAAAAGAUUUGCCGUGAGGCAGGAUUACCGCCGGUCAACAGAACACUCAACGCCGCGGUAUUACUCAGAAGAUCAUUUUGUAUCCUUGCACUUGGCCUUAUUGGACAAGCGAUGGGAUAUGUGGGCUCUAAGACCCAUUCUUAUCAAGAGACAUACACAUCGGGUCCAGCGUUCGUCCGACCCGUCGGCAAUCAGACAGCGGCAAUUGGACGUGAAGCUGUGUUUUCUUGUUACGUCCGUAACAUCGGAAAAUACAAGGUAGGAUGGCUGAGAGCGUCGGACCAAACUGUUCUCUCAUUGGACACACGAAUCGUGACCCACAAUAAUCGCAUCGCAGUUUCUUAUGAAGCCGGUGGUUGUUCUGGCACGUCCAACGCUAUCUCCAUGGGUUCUGGGGCCGGCGGACUCGUACCAGCGGUGGCACCAGUAGCAGCACCAGUUCAUGGCGUGAUUGGAAGCAAUCAGGUGAUGGACGAGGGCGUCAACUGCACGUGGCGGUUGCAUAUACGCCACCUGAAAAAGUCCGACGAGGGAUGCUAUAUGUGUCAAAUCAAUACAUCACCUAUGAUCUCCGAACUCGGAUGUUUAUCUAUUUUAGUGCCACCGGACAUUGUUUACGGGGACGAAACGAGCAAGGACUUGUCAGUGACGGAGGGUGAAAACGUCACACUCAAUUGUCAAGCCACAGGGACGCCGAAGCCGAGAGUUUCUUGGCGACGAGAGGACGGGCAGCACAUCCUCAUCAGGAAUUCGACCUCGUUCUCGAGUUCCUAUAGUGGCAAGAGCUACAAUUUUAAAAAAGUGGAAAUUUACAAUGAGUCAAAGCUGCAUUUUUAUCGAGUGGAUAGACAGCAAAUGGGUGUUUAUAUGUGUAUUGCUACCAAUGACGUUCCACCUACUGUCAGCAAACGUGUCGCACUCGAAGUAAAUUUUGCACCAACGGUGCAAGUUCAGAGCCAGCUGCUAGGAGCACCAUUGGGUACUCGAGUGCAAAUGGACUGCUCUAUCGAGGCACAUCCUAAUACGAUAAACUUUUGGGAGAAGAACCGAACGGAAAUGCUGGUCGACGGGCCAAAGUACGAAAUCCACGAAGAACGUUCCGGCUACCAAGUACUAACAGCACUUGUGAUAAAAAAAUUUACCGAGCAAGAUGAGGGUAUUUAUGUCUGCACUGCCUCGAACAUUUUAGGAAAAGCCGAGGGUACUUCACGACUCUACAAAAUAAAUCUAACCAACGACGUGUCGAGUAUCGGUGGAUUGGCAGAGGCAGCCCGUGGCUCGAGAUCAUCAUCGAAUACACGGCCAACCAGUCUGUUCUUUAUAUCACUCGGAGCGAUAUCACUAUUCUCCCAUAGUCUCUGUUCGUUGCGGUGAACAGAGUACAGUACCAGUCGACCUUUAUUAUCCUGAUGAAAGUGUGUGCACAGGUGGGGUAAAUGCCAAGCUUAAACAACGGCCGACUGAUCGACUGCUGAGCUACUGAGCGAGAGAAUAAACCAUCGAGCGACUACACCAAGUCAGCGAGCUACAGCGACUCUACAUCAAGAGUAUGCACCACAAACCAGCUACUCAUCUACUCAUCCACCGCAGCUUCUGCUUGUACCAUAUACAUAUACAUAUAACAAUAUAUAUAUAAACAGCAUCCACUGUACAGAAAACAAAACAGUUGUGUGCCAAAGUUCGAUCGAAGCCUCAUCAUAAUCAUCCGAGUUCAUCUCGUGCACUACCGGCAGCUCCCUUUCAAUCAAUCGGCAUUAUGUCUAUCUCGCCUGUUCUUUGCGCCUUUUUUUAUCAUCUAUAUAUCUUUUUUACGUUACGUGUCAUCAUUAAACACACACACGCAAAUCUAUUUAUAAUCUAACAUUAAUUGCCGUCAGACUUUACCAACAAAGAUAAUGAUAAUAAUAUUAAUUAAUAAGGAUAAUGAAAAAAAAAAGAAAAAAGAUAAAUAAUCACCAACAUCAUAAUGUGCCAAAAAGAAUAAAUUUAUCAAUAAACUAAAUAAGAGGAAAAUAAAUGAUAAUAACUGCAAGACAAAGGAUAUAUAUUAAUUGUUUCAUAUCACGAGACGUAUCUUUUGAAACAUAUCGUUUGUCUUAAAGAUAAAAGUGAAAGAGUAAAUAUAUAAAUAUAAAUAUAUAAUUGUAUUAUGUAUACAUAGGUGGUUAUAAUGGAUCCUCUUUAACAAUCGGUUUAUACGGGAGUAUAUAAUAAAUAUUAAAUGAUAAAAGUGGUCGGUUUGCUCAGAACUUACGAUCCCAGGGGAUUGCAUUUGUUAGAAUAAUUUUACGUGCGAUUUCACGUUAAUACCAAAGCCGCGGAAGUUUAUUUGUAGCCGUAACGUAAGCUAUCGCAAUGUAAAAGCGACACACUUUAUUAAUGUAUGGCAGAGUUGGAGAGGACAGAAUGUAUAUGUUGCUACUAUUGUACUGUGUAUUUAAUUGUAUGAAUGUGUAUUUAUGUAUGUAAAAAUUUUUGCGUGCAUCCGUUUACACAAUUGUGUAAGUUCUGUAUAUACAUAUACAUAUAUCAAAUCAUUUUACGUUUUACGCAUAAGCGGUAUUAUGUCUGUAUUUAUUGAGCAGAAAAUUAUGUUACACCGUUAUUUAAUUUGUAUGUUUCAAUAUAUUCAACUGAUUCAACAUAAAUAUGCUCGUACGAACAUUGAGAUGGUGGCUCUCUAUUUUAUUUCGGCUUGCCCGGUGUUCGGCAUACGAUACACUCGACUGAUACUAUCGAAAUAAAAAAAAUAAAAAAAACAGAAAUAAGUAAAUAAAUAAAUAAUAAUAAAUAUAAUAACCGAAAUAUAUAAUAGAAUAUGGCUCGGCCUUCAAAAGUGAUGCUUCUUUUGAAAAAAAAAAAUUAAUAAUAAUUGAAUAUAACUUAAUUAAUUAAAUAAUUUUAAUAACAAUAAAUAAUCAUAACAACAAUAAUAAUAUAAUAAUAAUAAUAAAUAAAAUGAUAGAAGGUAACUAGGAUAAAAAUUAAUUAAAAAAAAUAACCAAAAAAUAUUGGGAAUAUAAAAUUGAAUAUGUUUGUAUACAGAUAGUAUGUAUAUUAAUUUAUCGCUUCUUUGGCUUUAUAUUAUUAUGUGUACUAUAAAGUGUACUCCUUUCUUGAUAUGACAUCGUUGUAAUUUAGAUAAAGAGUUAAAAUAAGCGAGAAAAAAAAUAAUAGUAUUAAAUAACGAUAAUAAAUAAAAGGGAGAGAAUGAUUAUUUAAAAAAUUAAUAAUAAAAUAAAUCUACUUUUUCCACUAAAAUUUGUGCAACGUUAAUUGCGGGUAAACGUAGAAUGAGAGAAAAUGUUCCGGAGGAGUAAUAAAA